AUGAAUAGUAGAGAGCAAUCAUCAGCAGCCUCGAAAUCCCAUACAGAACUUCCGUUUCUAAAUAAUUCAAUCGUCAAUAAAGUCAAAGAUCUUAGCGCAAGUAUGCAUAGAUAGCAAGAAUCAAGUAAAAUGCUCAACAUUAGUGACUAUCAUAAUCUUAAGAAUGGAAUAAACAAUUCAGUAACCUAUGAAAGAAGGUCAAAGUAAAAUAAAAGAAGAGUGAAUUCUAUUUAAAUAUGGAAUCUUAACAUGCAAACUGAACCAGAUUAGAAGCUCCGUCACUCACAUCUGAACUUAACUAAUCAAUACAAGUAAUAUUACAAGAAAUAUUCUGAUUUCUGCGGCUAAAGCAAUCCUUAAAAUGAUAAAACCUAGGAUGAGUACUAAAAGCUUUACGAUUAGGCUGUUCGAAGUACACAGCUGAAUUCGAUGGCUGCUAUAAGUAUAAACAAUCAAGUUGGCAGUUCAAAUCACAGUCACAAUUAAAGUGUCAGCUACAGCAAUCAUAAUAAAUCUCAGAUGACUGUAAAUAAUAACUAGGAGCUUCCAAGGAUCAAUGAAUCUAUUAAGGAUGUAAGUUAAUUUGAAACUAAGAAAAGAAAGUAUAUCAAGCUCAGCAAAUAUAAACAGAACAGGAUGCAAAGUCAUGGGUAUGAUGAGUAAAAUAUCUCUGAUGAUGAGAACCCUCACCAAUUCGACCACCUUAAUAGUACAAUGGUAAACGUAAUGAUAAAGAGAUUUUGA